AUGGCCGAAGAAGAUAUCUCCAGUGAGAUCUCUCUCCCUCCUUUAGACGUAGAUGACGAAGAUCUCACCACGUUCUAUGGGUACCCCAGUUGUGCUAGCAGGCAGAACCAUGUCUUUUGGGACUUGGUGCGGUACCCAAUCCCUACUACUGCCAAUCUUGCAUCGGUUGAAACGAGUAUAAGAUUAGCUCUGGAUAAGUUGGGAUUUCAUAGCUGUGAGACGAUAAUUGCUUACGGGGACAGGAUGAAACACAGCGAAGAUCAAUUGCACAAGUCUGAGAUAUUACACAAACCAAAAGGUGAGAUGGCUGUGGACAUUCUUUACAGAGCACACACGUGGUCUCCGCUAAAUAUUAUAGUAAUCCCAGGACCAGACACAAAAACUGAGCUGCACAGGGUUCUCAAGGGUUUACAAUCCAGACAUCACAAUAUUCUGUUAGUAAACCCUGAUGCACAUGGUGGUCCAUUUCUUUUUGAUUCUGAAUCUUGGGAGUCAAUAGUUGAAUGUACACAAGAUUUAGAUGGAGGAAAGCCUAUCAUUGGAGGGAGAAGGACGGGAGAUACUACUCCUGUGAUCAAAGAUGCACGCAGUCUCGCCUCUCUGUUUGACGGUAGUGAGAGCAAGGCAUUCGUCUUGUGGGAUGUGGCCAAGUACUCAAAACCUACUCAAGUCAAUAUCCUACCUGUUGGCUCUAGUAUCAGAGGAGCUUUUCAACGACUCGGCCAUCAUGGUUGUGUCGAAAUUCUGGCGUUUGGUGCCGACAUACCGAAGCAGGACCCCAGCCAACGUGACUUCUACAAAAAAGCCAGAAUCAUACCCAUACGACACGGGUUAUAUACAAAGGCUUUGGACCAUUUCGCAAAUUUGUUAAAUCCAGGACCUUUGAUGGUAAUCCCAACACCAGACCAAGAUGAUCCGCAGUACUGGGCUCUUAAAUCGUUUUCGGAACAGAGACAUUGCGAUGUUCUCUCAGUAAAGCCGCCUCCUGAUGAGGGCUUGCCACAAGAUGCUCUAUUUCUUCAUUGUCCGAAUGAAAUACUUGCUUGUACAGAUGGUGCAUAUCAAGGAAAACAAAUCACGAGAGGGAGAAGAAAGAUAAAAGAUAUCCAUGAGAUCCAAGACUUCACCAAGCCUAUCACAUUCCAGAAUAGCGCAACGCCAGGCGUGUUUGUGUUCUGGAACCUCGAUGAUUUCCCAAUCCCUACUACUGGUUGGACUCCUGAUAAGAUCUAUCAGAAAAUAGAUUCAGCAUUUCCUUUUACUGGUUAUGAGCUGAGUGUAUGGGCUUAUGUUAAGGACGAGCAAGGGUCUUGGGGUGGGGAUUUACUCACGAACAAGACUUGGGGAUCAAGUAUCUACUUCCUUCCCGGAGGAGGGGAUAAAUCCGCGAUACGUAAUAGAAUGUUACAUGACAUCCUUUUAUGGAAAACGGACUUGGAACCUACUCGAGCAAAUCUGGUCAUAGUAACCAAAUUAGAUGAAGUCGUACGUGACAGGGAGUUCUCCUCUAUGAUUGACCUGUUAGAACAGAGGCAAUGCAAAGUUUUCGUUGUACCUAGCUCUUCUUUCGAAUUCUAG